AUGGACUAAAAAUGCAAUCAGUUUAAAAUGAAUAGGGUAAUGUGUUGCUUUUUACUCAUAUUUAAUGCUACAGUAUACUGACACUAAGAAAAGCCUGUGCUCAUCAUGUAAAAGCAUAAUUUUUUUUAAUAGUUAUAUAUAGUUUUUGAAAAUUCAAGAUUUGUUACAACACAAGCCUAACUGUACAUCUUCUUAUGACCAAAUCUUUGUCAAAACCUAUAUAUUUUUUGUCUUUAAGGCUGAAUUGUAAAAGACUUGGUAAAUUUUUAAAAGAAAAAGUACAUGUUACAUUUCUGACAACCAUCAAUCUAAACACUCAGCCCUCAAGUUAAAAGCAGAGGAAAUACACUUCAAGGACAAAGCAGACACAGCAGACAAAUCAGUGUAUCCAUCUAUACACUGUGAUGUCCAUACGCUAACCCUGUUUCUCAGAGAGCCACAUGAUCUCUCAGUGUGACUGCUGGGCAGUCAAAUGAUGUCAUUGUUCACAGUUCACCUGGAGCUAAGGCUGAGGUUGUCAAAAGUUUUCAUGUGAUCCAUUGGCAAUAUAGAAAGGCUUUCAUAUCUGUGCCUCAGGGGUCUGCGUGUGCUGCGAUUCAAACCACUUAGGCUACUGCCAGCAGACGCUAAUCUCUGCUUUUAUAACUGGUAGAGAAACAACUUCUGCAUUCUACAUUAUAAACAUUUUAAACAUAUAAACAGUUAUUAGAAACCAUGUAACGAAUGUAUUUUUUUUUUUGUUUUUCUUUGCACAAAUAUUGUGUGUGAACCAAUUAAAAAACUGUCUUUUAGUGACUGCUCAGUGGUCAGACAGCAGCGGGCCGUUGUGUUGGGGCCGUUGUGUUCAGGCCGGUACUAACAAUUUGGGCAUAGACUAAUGGUUUUCGAUGGCCUAACCACACAGGAAGUGGCUUGAGUGACUUUGAAAGAUAAUUUGGCCAAAAGGUGGGACAUCCUUUUUCAUUAGAGCUGCAUCUGUGGACUGUUGUCGGGCCAAGCCCAUCUGUGUGCUCUGAGAGGAAGGAGGAGUUGUGUUUGGACAGCAGUCUUCGCUCGCAGAAGACCCAGGGCGUAUAAGGUUUGGUUGCGACGCGAAAGGGACAAGCCCGCGCGAGUGAGCACAUCAUGCACAUUUGAAACCAAACUUUUUGACUGAAUUGCGUCUGAUUGACAGAAGAAAGAGUUUUUAUUUUUGUGUGUGUGUGUGUGUAAAAGUAAUGGUAUGAGUCGGAACUUACAGCGGAAUAUUUUUUGCUCCCGAUUGUUAAUAGUUGGGUGUUUUAAAUGAUGCUGAUAUUUGGUGAUCUCCCUUGAAUUAGCUGAUAAACUUACUGAAGCAUUUUGCGGAGUUGAAGAAUUCUUACACGGGAAACCGCGCAUCCACCUGUGCCCAAAACGGCGGUGUCUUCAGAAUACGUCAAAAUGACCAACGGGUCACAUAACCCCAUCCUCCACGUGGAUUUCUCCUCAAUGAGUGGCUUUAUUGAGGACAACGAAACAAACUCCUCUUUGGGGGAGCGCGACUCUCCGGGCUGCGUGCAGAUCCUCAUUCCACAGGAGUUGUUCCUUGCACUGGGUCUCAUCAGUUUGGUGGAAAACAUUUUGGUUGUGAUGGCUAUAAUCAAGAAUCGUAACCUACAUUCGCCCAUGUACUACUUCAUUUGCUGCCUGGCCGUGUCUGACAUGCUUGUCAGUGUCAGUAAUGUUGUUGAAACUAUUUUCAUGCUACUGAACGACCACGGACUGCUGGACGUGCACCCGGGGAUGUUGCGUCACCUGGACAACAUUAUUGAUGUCAUGAUCUGCAGCUCCGUGGUGUCGUCCCUGUCAUUUCUAUGUACCAUUGCCGCUGACCGUUAUAUUACCAUCUUUUACGCGCUGCGCUACCACAGCAUCAUGACCACUCAGCGCGCUAUAGCCAUUAUUGUGGUGGUGUGGCUCGUGAGCAUCACUUCCAGCAUCCUCUUUAUUGUGUACCACACGGACAACGCUGUCAUCGUCUGCCUCGUCACUUUUUUCUGUACAACGCUAGUUUUCAACGCAGUGCUCUACCUGCACAUGUUCGUGCUUGCACAUGUGCAUUCACGUCGCAUCAUGGCUUUCAACAAAAGCCGGCGUCAGUCCACCAGUAUGAAAGGCGCCAUCACUCUUACCAUUCUUUUAGGUGUCUUUAUUAUUUGCUGGGGUCCCUUCUUCCUCCACCUCAUCCUCAUUCUCACGUGUCCCACGAACCCUUUUUGCAACUGUUUCUUCAGAAACUUCAAUCUUUUUCUCAUUCUCAUCAUCUGUAACUCAUUAAUUGACCCGCUCAUUUACGCGUACCGAAGCCUGGAGCUGCGCAAGACCCUACAAGAGUUGAUCUUAUGCUCCUGGUGCUUCGGUGUUUGACAUUUUGCUUCUCCAGGGUGAGAAAUUGUGGAGCUCAAGUUAAGGAAUACUUCCAAGUCCUCCUCUUUAUGAAUGUAGCCAACAGUGGAGCAAAAUCACUAACGUUUGGACAUCUAACGCAUGAACUAAUGGAUGCCUUCAAGUCAAGUCAAGUUCUUCUGUAGGGACACCAUGUAGCGCAUAGACUGCUCACUCUGUCCAAAAUGGAGGCUACAUUUUCAGUGGUACCUUUUUCUUGAGUUGCGUUGAUAUUAAAUGUACCUAAUAGUCCAGUCACAAAUUUGGCCCUGUAGGAUGCCAAAAGAAAGAAAUGUGUAUGACUUUGAUGCUUAGUUAUUCUUUAUAAAAAUGGUAGGGGGGUGGGGUGGCUGUAUAAAUAAAAUUUCCAUCUUCCUUAACGAUCAUUACUUGUUCAUGGAAACUGUUGAAAUCUAUGUACACCUCUUAUUUAUUUCAAAAUUAUAUUAAAUAAAUUGUAAAACUGAUUAGUAUUGAUUGUACCAGGAA